GCGGCUGGGUGCUGGCCCCGCUGCGCCGGGCUGCAGCGGUCUGUGCUUCGGGCCGCCAGCGGCUGCCUGGGCCCGGGGUCCUUGCCCGCCUACUGCCGCCGCCGAGCGCAGCCAUGUCGGCCGGGGGCGGCGGGCUGGGGACCCCCCGGGCCCUGCCCUCCUCCGGGCCCCGGGCUCUGCGGGACAUGCCGCACCCGCUGGCCGCUUCCAGCAGCGAGGAGGCGGCCUCCGAGCUCAGCCCCAGCCCGGACCUGCUGCUGCCCCGCAGCUUCGCUGACAAGGAUCUCAGUCUGCCCAAUGGCACUCCUGUAGAUACUUCCAGCCCAGCCUCCUCCUCCUCACUGCUCAACAGACUGCAGCUGGAUGACGACUUGGAUGGGGAAACUAGAGACCUCUUUGUCACUGUCGAUGAUCCCAAAAAACACAUCUGUACAAUGGAGACGUACAUCACCUACAGGGUUACAACAAAGACCACACGGGCGGAGUUUGACUUGCCAGAAUACUCCGUACGCCGACGGUACCAGGACUUUGACUGGUUGAGGAAUAAGCUGGAGGAAUCUCAGCCAACACAUCUCAUUCCCCCUCUUCCUGAGAAAUUUGUGAUGAAGGGAGUUGUCGAUCGCUUUUCUGAAGAAUUUGUGGAGACGAGGAGGAAAGCUUUAGAUAAAUUCUUGAAAAGAAUUGCAGAUCAUCCAGUACUUUCUUUCAAUGAACAUUUCAAUGUGUUUCUCACAGCCAAGGAUCUUAAUGCCUAUAAAAAACAAGGAAUGGCAUUGCUCUCCAAGAUGGGAGAGUCCGUAAAAUAUGUCACAGGCGGUUAUAAACUCAGAAGUCGACCGCUGGAGUUUGCAGCCAUAGGAGACUACUUAGAUACAUUUGUUCUCAAGCUUGGAACCAUUGACAGAAUAGCACAGAGGAUUAUCAAGGAGGAACUGGAAUACCUGGUGGAACUGCGAGAGUAUGGACCGGUUUACUCCACCUGGGGUGGGUUAGAAGUGGAGCUAGCAGAACCUCUGGAAGGAGUGUCUGCCUGUAUCGGGAACUGCUGUACCGCUCUCGAGGAACUGAGUGAUGACAUGACAGAGGACUUCCUGCCUGUACUCAGAGAGUACAUCUUGUACUCUGAGUCCAUGAAGAAUGUACUAAAGAAAAGAGACCAAGUUCAAGCAGAGUAUGAAGCAAAAUUGGAAGCUGUAGCCUUGAAAAAAGAAGACCGCCCCAAGGUGCCGGCAGAAGUUGAAAAAUGUCAGGACCGAGUGGAAUGCUUCAAUGCUGACCUGAAAGCCGACAUGGAGAGAUGGCAGAACAACAAGCGCCAAGAUUUUAGGCAGCUGCUUAUGGGAAUGGCCGAUAAAAACAUCCAAUACUAUGAGAAGUGCCUUAUGGCGUGGGAGUCAAUUAUACCACUAUUACAAGACAAACCAGAGACCAAAUAAGAAGUUCCAUAGCCCACAGACUUCUCUACACAAGUGCACAGUACCACUAAACAACCUACUGGAGCUGUAUGAUGCACUACUUUGAGUUACCUGAGAAAUGCCAGCUAUGCCCAGUCUGGUUACAGACCCAUUGAAAAGCAUUUGGACUUCUUCCUCUUUGUGUUUAAACCGGUAUGUUUCAUCUUUUGAGUUACCGUAAUGGUUCCUUCUCCAGCCUAUGGAGUGAUUGUGGGCUUGUAAUGGAAAUACACAGGGAUCAAGUCGCUUCUUGAUAAAGAAAACUUUGCCUCCUUAUUCCAGAAGGAGCUAAUGAGUGGAAUACUAAAAAGAUGAAAAUAAAACUCUAAACUGCAA